AUGAGCAAAAAGAAGAAAGAUUUUCCUAAAGCUAAGCUAAAAGUUGGAAAAAAAUUAAAGAAAACAACAGUUACUGACACGCGAAUUCAUUCCAAAAAAGUUGUACUCGUGGAUCAGUUAACGAAAAGUAAUAAUAGUUGCUUGUCACAUCGUGGCUUAUCACUGGAUGAACUAUGUCGUCAACUCGGCCAUUAUAACAUAAAUGUGAGACGAGACUCAAUAGUUGGUGUAAGGCAGUUACUUUCUUCAUAUCCAGAACUUGUUCCGAGACAUUUGCACAUAUUGAUACCAGCUGUCGGACGUCUGAUUGCUUGUGAUAAGAGCGACUCAUCAUUUCAUGCUCAAUUGCGUGCUCUUCUAGAAUUGUUAUGCACGACUAAUGCCUCGAUGAUUUCAUCCCAUUUCACGCUGUUAAUAGCUCAUACCCUUCGGGCCCUAACACAUCUCAGGAUGAGCGUACGGAUCUAUGCGCUUACCAUUCUGACGCUACUAUUGCGGACGUAUCCUGGGCUUUGUCGAAAUAGCAUCGAUUUAUUCGAUUCGUUUUUGGAAUUUUUGAAUAGUAAAAGGAUUCCAAUGAACAGAAAGUUAUUGCUUGAUGGAGCUCAUGCUUUUUUGCGAGCUUUCUUGGUAGAAGAGUGUACGACAGUUGGACCUCUUCAUGUUGCAUCGUUCAGCUUUCGUAAUAAACAGUAUACCAAGAUUAACUUGACUUCCACAAUUCAACCGUUGAUCGAUUUUUGUGUGCUCGGUUCACAACCACAGCAAUCAAAGUCACCGCUUUAUUUACCUGAUAAAUUUCUACUAGCACUAUCCGGAAUUCUGUCAUUGUUUUUAAUGAGCGCAUCAGAAGAGUCAUCGCUUAAUGAGAAAGAAUGGGCAGAAAUAUUUGGAAUGCUAAAUAAAGUACUGUCAGAAAUUCAUGCUUCGUCUCAAACUGCUCAGUUCGAAGAAAAAUUAAAAAAAAUAUUGUCCAGUGUCAAUUCUUUAUUGAAAAAUGGAAACUUAUCACAGAGAAUACGUGUUUUGCUACAGGCGUUGAAUUUACCCAACAGUCGGUUAAUUCAAAAGCCUUAA